AUGGCCCUCAGUAUCCGGCAGAAGAGGGUGCGAAGAAUCUCCGGAGACCCAGUCCAUGGGGUUGUGGUGCAAGGCCCUGUGGAUGGUCUGGCUACUGGCACCCCACUCUAUAAUGUGGCGGUGCAAGGCACUAUAGAUGAAAGGACUACUUGUAGACCAAUGGUUUGGAGGUUUGGUACCUGGAAUGUAGGCACGUUGACAGGAAGAAGUUUGGAAGUGGUGGAGGAGCUGCAGAGGAGAAUGGUUGACGUGGCUGCAUUACAGGAGAUCAGAUGGAAGGGUGAGGGUACAAGGUUUGUGGGGGCUAAAGGUGGAAGAUAUAAGUUGUGGUGGAAGGGGGAUGAUGGUACGGGAGGAGUUGGUGUGAUGGUAAGAGAAGAGUUGGUGGAGAAGGUGUUGGAAGUGAGGCGGAGAAGCAAUGGUGUAAUUGUGGUGGUGAUGGUGUUUGGAAAAGUAAUAGUGAGGGUGAUAUCAGGAUAUGCUUCGCAACAAAGUAGGAAGGAAGAGGAGAAGGAUAGGUUUUAUGAUGAUGUUUCUGACGAGAUUGGGCAAGCGGGGUUGGAUGAGUUUGUGGUGUUGUUGGGUGAUUUGAAUGGUCAUGUGGGAGCGGAUGCAGACGGAUAUGAAGGUGUACAUGGGGGAUGGGGAUAUGGUAUACGGAAUGAGGAAGGGCGUAGAGUGUUGGAUUUGGCGGAUGCACAUAACAUGGUGGUGGGGAAUACCUGGUUUACAAGGGAACCAGCGCGAUUGAUUACAUAUUGGUCAGGGGAGCAUAGGUCGAUGAUAGACUAUAUAUUGGUAAGGGCCAAACAUAGGAAGUAUGUGAAGAAUGUGAAGGCGAUACCUGUGGGUGUUCAACAGGGAGAGUUCAUGGCCUUCAGCAAAUUCCAGAAUCCGUACACCGUCUUUGUUUUGAGACCCGUAGCCAAAGCCUCUAUGGACAGCGUGGAACCCAUUUGCUUUAUCUCCAACAUGGCCGUUGAGGUCGCCACAUAUCAAUCAUGUCAGCCCUUCGCCUUUCCAGCAUGUCGAUCUCCAUCGUCCAAUCUACCGUUAAAAUAUUUCACAAUUGUGCAUACGCUACUGAAAAUCGUCGUACGAGAACGUGGGAUCCAGAAUCACACCAAGAUCAGACACAGUGGUCUUGAAGUUGGAAAGUUCAGCUUGUGUAAAGAUGUCAUGAUCCACAUCACCAAGCGUAGUGCUAUCUUCAAUGUGUGCAACUUUGUUAUCACCAAUGGCAUCACAAACCAGACAUCAGAAAACACCUUUAACAGUGCUGUCUACAUUGAGUGGCCUUUUCAAAUAUCAGACUAA